GCAGGAAGGGUUACGCAUAAAGCCUGGUGCAGCCAAAUGUAUCAUGUUUAAAUAUCUCAUAUCCAUAUAGGUACAGACUCGUGUCCUCUCUGAUUUGAAUUUGGAAGAACUCUGAGCUUGUGGUGGGAAACAUUUUUGUUCAACUUGCUUUUAUCUAAUUUCCUUGUUAUCUGUUAAAAAAGUUUAGCAUCUAUGGCAUGCAUAAGCAUGUGCAUGUGCUUAAAUAAAAAGGUUAAAAUUUGGCACAAUGAGCCUCAACUUUUGGCCCAAAUCAUGCUAAAAUGCUAGCGCAUGAGUCCCUGGGGAGUGGGGUGUUCGCUGUAGUGCACUAAAAUUUUUUCCAGUCUGGACUUAUUACCUAACCCAACCUAAACUAACCUGAUCUAACAUAUCCCAUAUCAACCUACCCUAGCCUAACCUAGGAUGUUUGCAGUUUGCCUGCCUCCUAAAAACUAUGAAAUCUGUAAUGAUGUCACUCUGAUAUUGAUUUGUGUAAUAUUUUUAGCUGUUUUUUGUGUGAUUACAGAGACAUGAUUGUUUCGUGCGUCGAUUUAACAUGUCCUCUCCCUUUUAUUAACACAAGUGACGCAACGCAAUUUAUCGGAGUGUUUUGAUUGUCAAUACAAUACAAUACAAUACAAUUUUACAACAGCUGACAACAGGUUUUUGCAACAGCAGACAACGUGUGAACCAGGCCUGCCAAAAGCAACCAUGGACGACUCGGGCUCCAACACCCAGAAUCGGCUCUAUCUGAUGCUGUCGGAGCUGCAGAAAAUCGCCAAGGAUGUGCCACGCCGGUUCCAGCAGCGCCUGACGCUGGAGCUGCUCUCGGGCCUGGCCAACUCGAUGCUGGACGGCACCGUGUUCCAGAUAGUGGACCGGCUGGCGGAGAUCCAGCACGUGACAGAGAAACAGGCCUUCCAGAUGCGGCAGCAGCUGGUCGCCGGGCACAACGCGGACCGCCAGGCGCUGCUGAAGCAGCAGAAGGCCGACCUGCAAGCGGCGCUGGAGCGCGGCGAGUCGCCCGCCCGACUGGAGGCCGCCCACCAGCGCGACAUGCAGAGCCUGCUGCACAAACAGCAGGCCGAGCUGACGCGCUGCGACAUGAAGGUGGUCACCCAGCUCGACCAGAAGGUCAGCGAACAGCAGGUGAUCCUGGAGAAGUCGGGCGUGCCGGGGUUCUACGUCACCAACGACCCGCAGGAGAUCCGUCUGCAGCUCUACCUGCUGCGCUUCAUCAGCGAGGUCAGCCAGAUGCCGGCGCUGGCGCAGACAGACACCUGACGAGCACAGCCAGACACUUCCUGACCAGGUCAGCCGGAUACCGGCGCUGACGCAGCCCGACACCUCCUGACGAAACCAUACGGCUCCUGGCGCAACCGGGCGGUUUUUUGAACGUAAUAGUACGUCUCAUGAAUACUGGCGAACAGUCUUUCGAACAGGACACCACCUGAACGACGGGCGGGCGGCUCCUGAAUACCUGUGGCUCCUGCGCACAAGGUUGCAGUUGGCGGGUUUAACCCAGGGUAUAUUGAGUGGUUUAACCAGCAUACCGUGUCCUAGAAGCUAUGUCCGGGAGAGGCGCAGAGAAUCUUCUUUCAUUUCAAAGAGAACAUGCUUUCGCUGUGUGUCUUUGUUGCUCGGACCUCAAGUGUGGAGUAUUACCCGGACAUCAGCAGGAUAAGCAGUGUGACGCACCGUCAUCCUGUGCCUUUGUGACGCCUGUAUUCCGCGAAUAAGACAUUGUGUGGCCCGGCCUGUGGCGUCACCACGGCAGUAACACCAUUGCAGCGUGUCGGGUGACUCAGCAGCCGCGUGCGUCACCCGCUAUCGUGCGACUCUCAUGGGGGAUCCGGUGUCGCACACCCUGUGUCUCUGCUCUGUGAUAGUGCCCCGGCCGGGCCGGGCGCACUUCAGGUGUAAGUCCGAACGCUGAAGACGCUCCUCUGAACGCGCUAUCGCCUCUGAUCGCCCCUCAUCGCGAUACGCGCCGCAGGCAGGGGCCCUGUGUGGGCGCACUGUGUCAGUAAAGUCCCCUAUCAGCUGUGAUAUCAGUGACAGUCGAGAUACGAGUGCGAGGCGCCCUGUGAGCGCUGAUUUGUGAGACCAAGUGUCGAGAGGUGGCACGGCUGGCUGUGGUGACAGAUAAAUAGACAACACUCUCUCUA